AUGGGCUUCUCUGCCUGCCAGUGGCUGCCCAUGGUGAAGGAGUACGCCUGCAACAUGCACCCGGGCGACUCCCUCUGCAUCGACGCACGCCCCAUGCUUGCUGUCACCGAGAUGCUCCGUGCCAGCCUAGUGGUGCAGCGGCUGCUGGGCACACGAGGCGUGUUUGAGUCGGUCAAGUCCAACCCAGACUUCAUUGGCAUCCUCAUCAAGGCCCUCAAGCAUCCAUCGUCCGUGGUGGCGUUUGCAGCAGCCAACACCAUCCGUGCAGCCAUAAAGCACUACUCAGCCGACUCACCUGCCCCGGACUCCCCUGCUGCUGCCAGAGCCUCCUCCGCUUCCUCCUUCCUCAUGCAAGCCUGGCCUGCCCAUGCGGAGGCGGCCAACAAGCACGUGGUGUUGAGUGGAGACAACCUGCAGGUGCUGGUGGCUCGGCUGCAGACAGACGCGCUCGUGCACCAGAAUGCGCUGCAGGUGCAAGGCAUCCUGGAAAUCCUCACUCUGGCUCUGCAUUUGCCGCCGUCGUCUGAUGCCGAGGCAGAGAAGCACUGGAUGGAGUUCCCGUCGAGUCCCUCAAUGCCCGCCAAUUCCCUUCUAUUUCCCCUCAACUCCCUCUAUUCUGCUCCCCCCCUCACCAGCAAUGCGCUGCUGAUCAAGACCAUCUUCACGCGCUGCUCGCCUGCCUUCAUCACUCGCUUCAGGGCCGUGAUUUUACUCCAUGCAGCCGUGCUGCCCCUUCUGUUUAACAAGCUGGAACGGGCAAGGGAGCGGCAAGUCUCGCUUGAUGUUGCUGCUGCUGAAGAACGCGCUGUUCAACAAGCUGGAGAGGGAAAGGGACAGCAAGGGGCACAAGCAAGCUCAAUCUCGCCUUCUUUCUUACCCCACUCCCUCCCUUCCAUCCAGGCUGUGAUUCUAUCCCGUGCAGUGGUGUUGCUGCUGCUGAAGAACGCCCUGUUCAACAAGCUGGAGAGGGCGAGGGACGUCAGUGCAGAGCUGCUGUUCCUCAUUGCUGAGAGCGAUGCCAAGACACAGCAGCUGCUGGCGAAUCUGCUUCCCAAGGAGGCAGCCAAAGCCGCAGCAGCAGGCGGCGCUAGCUCUACCCUAGCGUCUGGGCUCAAAAUUGCAUCAGCAGUGGCAGCAGCGGCAGCAGCAGCAGCCACAGCCAGCACAACCACGGGCACAACUCCAGGCAGCGGGUCUGCUGGGGGGGAAGGCAGUGGGGGAGCGGUGGGGAUGGGGGGUGGGAGUGGGGGGGUGGGGAGUGUGGUGGCGCUGGGAGUGUGGAAGGAGGCGCUGGAGAUGCUGAGGAGGAGAAGCAUCACAACACCGGUGCUAGUGUGGAACGAUGCCAAGAGGCACGAGCUGCAUGCGUACCUCAAGGAGCAGGUGGAGGCGUUUGAUGCGGCCCUGGGGCGCACGGGAGGAGGAAAGGACAUUCACUUCAACACUGACGACUGUGAAUGCUGCUACACCCCUGCCAGUAACGACAAUGACGUAUGCAAGGCCAUCGUUGAAGGGGUGCAUCUAGAGGUGCUGUUGCAACCCUCCGACGACUCCUCCCCUGCGCUAGCCGCCCACUGGAAGCUGGACGACCCAGCAGCGCUCUUCACGGCCACGCUGCAGGCGCUGCUGCUGUGCUCCACGCCGCUCUACGGCACAUGUGUGCAAGACCAUACGGCCCACUGGAAGCUGGACAACCCAGCAGUGCUCUUCACCGCCACGCUGCAGGCGCUGCUGCUUUGCUUCACACCUCUCACCCUCCCCAUUUCCCUUGCGCCCUCGUCCUCCUGCGUUCCUCCCUUUUCCCCUUCCUCCUUUCCCCCGUUCCCCCCCCACCCUGGUUCCCAAGACGUAUGCAAGACCAUAGUGGAGGGGGUGCAUCUAGAGGUCCUUUUACAGCCCUCUGACGACUCCUCGCCUGCCCUCGCCGCCCACUGGAAGCUGGACGACCCAGCAGCGCUCUUCACGGCCACGCUGCAGGCGCUUCUGCUCUGCUUCACGCCGCUCUACGGCACGUGCGAGCUGCCGGAAAUCGAGCCGCGGCUGGCUGUGGAUGCACUGACAUGGAUGUACGAGCGGCAUGAGGGGGAGAUCCGUGGCGUGGUGGAGAACUUGCUUGUCGUGGAGUGGCGCGCAGGGAAGGGUGGGUGGAGAGGGGGUGGUUGGAAGGAGGAGGGCAAGGGAGUCUGGCUGGCUGUGGACGCCCUCACGUGGAUGUACGAGCGGCAUGAGGGGGAGAUUCGGGGCGUGGUCGAUCAUCCCGGGGAGAUGGGGAAGGGAGGUGGGGAUGGGAGCCGGGUGGGAGUGUUGCAGGGCCAGGCAGCGGUUUCCCAGUUCGUGAAGGCGGGAGGCAUGUCCAUCAUCCUGCCCCUCAUGAUCAACUCAGAUGGGCCGACGGGCGAUCAAGCUGGCGUCGGUGGUGUGGCCGGAUCGUUGCAGGGAUGCUGCAAGGACGAGACUCUGUUUGAAUGCGACUCACCUUUGUGUGAAGGAUUGAGGGCGAUUGAGGUGGUGUUGGUGGUGGGGGCGGACGGCGAGUGCUGCAAGGACGAGACUCUGUUUGAGUGUGAUGCGCCGAGUGUGAAAGACCGAGGGGCGAUCGAGGUGGUGCCGGUGGUGGGGGCGGACGGCGAGGUGCGGAUGGCGCGCGUGCCGUCCGGGCGGCAGGCGAAGGAGGGCGGCGCGAGCACUGUUCAUCACGGGGGGAGUGUGGAGGCGAGGGAUGCGAUCAAGUGGCAGGAUGAGAGUGUGCCGGAGAAGCUACAGUUGGGGAUGGCACUUGAACUGCUGGAAACUGUCCUAGAUGUGGAGGCGAGGGAUGCGAUCAAGUGGCAGGAUGAGAGCGUGCCGGAGAAACUACAGCUGGGAAUGGCGCUAGAGGUGCUGGAGACUGUAUUAGACGUGGACUCUAGGGAUGCAAUCAAGUGGCAGGAUGAGAACGCACCGGAGAAGCUGCAGCUGGGAAUGGCACUUGAACUGCUGGAGACCGUUCUAGAUGUCAUUGAGGUGCCGGGAGGCUUGGAGAGGUACCCACCGCCCCUUCCUCUGGAGGACCUGGCUCGGCCGGAGCUGCUGUGCAGCCUCGUGCACCUCCUGCUGCGGGCCAAGUCCCCCACCUUCAGGAGCAAGCAGGCGGCCAGUGAGCUGCACACCUUGAAAGGGCCAUCCCUCCUCUCCUGUUGCUCUGAACCUUUCCCCCCUUACCCUUCCCCAUCUCACCUCACAACCAGUAUUCUCGAGGUGCUGUCCAUCCUGAUUCUCGAGGUGCUGUCCAUCCUGUGCCGCGGCAACAAGCAGGCGGCCAGUGAGCUAUGCCGCUUUGGGUGCUUCCCCAUGCUGCUGUGGAAGGUGGUGGCGGGGGACAUCAGCCACGACGACCGCACCCGCAUCCUCAAGUUCCUCGCUCGCACGCACCUCCUGCAGGUAGGUGGACCAACCACCUGCCGUGAAGCAUCUGCGUUGGAGCAUGCGCCUGUGAAGGGGCUGCUGGUGGAACACCUGUCGUGGCAUGAGAGCACUUGCAGCUCAUCCUGUCUUACCUCAUUCCCCACCUCGCUCUCCCUGCAGGACCCAUCCGCGUUGGAGCACGCGCCUGUGAAGGGGCUGCUGCUGAUGGAGCACCUUCCGUGGCAUGAGAGCAUCCUCCUCAACCUCAACUUUACCUGUCCUAUUCACUCUGCAUGCCCCUCCGGCUCCUGGUUCUCUCCUUCUCUCCACCCUCUCACAGGACCCAUCUGCCUUGGAACACGCGCCU